AUGACUGAUGCGCCGUGUGGCAAGCAACGGGGCAUUGCCGUCCUGUCAAGACCACCCGCGAAACGGACUGGCCAGAGCACUCAGUCUGUUGCAAAAGCAUCGAGGAGACCCAAGCCAAAGGUUGCGCUGGGUGCCAUCUCUGAAGCUGCAGAAUGGAUCGAACAGUCCGCAGCUGGGAGACACGACUUCGAUGAGGAGCUUGAGGCCUUGUGGGCAGAGGCAGGUGCGGCAGACGGAGCGACCAACUCCUCCCCAGGGACGUCGUGCGAUGCUGCCACGGUCGCUUCACGUGCGCUCGCAACAGCAAAUGCUGCACGGAAGGGUGUUUUUGGAGUCAUCUGCGGCACGGGAACGGCAGACGUGUCUACGGCAGCCAGACGCGGAAUGAUCCAAUCCGGCGGCCGGUUGCAAGCAGCAGAGCUAUCCUUUUGCAAGGAAGGAGCGUCUGCCGCGACUGCAAUCGAUCGUGGCGGCUCCGACCCACAG